AUGCCCGUCGCUCCUCCUACCAAGGAGAGGCCGAGUAGCAGCGGAGGUGUGCUUCUGCCGCUUGCUGCGGUCGGAGCUGGUCUGCUGUGCCUCUGGAAGGUCAUUCAAAUCUGCUCCGUUCCCGUUCACCCGCGCUGCGUGACCGUCGUCUACGACACGCGGCGCAAGACGGUCUUGUGCACCUCUGCAGAUCGAGAGAUGCACCGGGAGUCACUGCCGCGGGUGUCGCACUUCGGUGUAUCGCUGUACUUCGGGUCCGCGAUGAUGUACUGGAGCCGGACGUGGCUGCUAGUGCCGCCGUCGUCCUUCUUCGGCGUCUUCACGCUUCCGCGCGGCGUCUUCGAGGAACCGGGCGAGUCCGUCAACUGCGUUGUAGAGGAGGUGGCGGUGCGUGACGGGUCGGUGAACAUCAUGGCGACUGUUUUCUACACCAUUUCUUUCGAUCAGAUGGAGCGCUACCUCGCCGCCAUCGGCCCCGAGCCGCCCAACGAGGUGAUUGGGAAGGCCGUCGCCCACGUCGCACGAGUGCGGUGCGCAGAGCAGUCUGCCGGCAUUCUGCUCAGUAAGACCCGCCGCGAAGCGACGUUCAUGGGCCCGUAUAAGGACCACCUUACCUCAAAGCUCAUGUCGGAGGCGGCAGUGCUGGUGAAUGACGUCGUUGUGGAGAGUGUGGUGCUGCUCGAGGGGGGCUAG